AUGAUGUCUCUGACAAAUCAGGAUUGGCCUCUUCGACCGGGGAACCCAGGACUACAGGAAAUAGACAUGCCACCACGGAGAACUAGGGGCACCUUUUGGCAAUUUGAGGAGGUGUCCCUGCUUCUGAAAAUUGUUCUGCGUCUUGGUUUUGCAGCCGAUUUUAUGUCGAGCGCACACCAGCGCAACAGGGGGGCGUACCAUGCCAUUGCUAGGAAGCUGACUGAUGCUGGUUAUAGCCGAAAUGCCAACCAGUGCAGGACCAAAUUUAAAAGGCUGAAAUGCGAGUUCAUGGCAUCCCUUACGGCAUGCCAAGGCAUCCCAAGCUGCAGCGGGCGGAUCCCACACCAUCACUCAAUGAUGCGUUUGUGGAUAGCUGCUGGGAGACCACGCUGGGAGGAUCGCCACCAUGAAGCAACAUCAUACAGACAUGAGGGGGAGGAGGAGCCCACGGAGGAAACAGGCUCAGAGGUGACCGUGCCAAUGGAUGAAAUGGCCUUGCAACCCAGUUCUGAGGCAGUGAAGCAAGAAGAGGGAAACUGCUCCGAGUUCAAUGAAGAAGUCACACCUCAGCAAGCAGUGAUUCCACCAGAACAGCUGACUGAGCAUUCAGGUGACCCCUGUGAGGAAUGCAUUCAAGCGCGGUGUCCACUACACACUGUAAAUGUGCCUUCUUCAUCUUUGGCAAGGGAACAGCCCCUUGAGAUACUGGAGACUGUUCACAAGGCAGUGGGAACAUGCCUCAGCUGCGCAAAGAAAACCAACAGAAGGAUGGACAGCCUGCAGGCCUUGGUGAAGAAGCUAGAAAACAAUGUGAGGAAUUUGAAUGAGGAGAACAAGAAAUUGAGGUCCGACAUUGAUAAUGUGCUGUCAAGGUUUAAGGAGAUGUAG